AUGUCUCACGGUUUAAGUUAUGAGGACUGCAAUUUCCCCAUAGUAUGCGACAGGUGCUUAGGGGAAAGCAAGUUUCUGAGGAUGACCAAGUCAAAUCAAGAGAGGUCUUGCAAGAUUUGUAAUAGACCAUGCACAAUGUUUCGCUGGAAACUCCAGAAUUCUAAAAAGUACAAUCAAACCACAAUUUGCUAUUCCUGUGGUAAGAUAAAAAAUGUAUGUCAAUCAUGUGUGAGCGACCUAAACUUUGGACUACCAUUAUAUGCCAGGGAAGACUAUAUAAAAAGUAAAAAAGAUCAAGGAGAUGAAAAGGCUCUUCAGCUAAUGAAUAUCCCAGAUAGUGUAGAUAAUAGGGAUCAUUUCAUGGAAAAUAAGUUGAAUGGAAAUGAUGAAAGUUUUAUUCAGAAAAUCGACGAGAAUCAGAAAAAAAGAAAGGAAAUCUUGAAGGAGAUUUUGGAAAAGAGCGGAAAUCUUAAAGGAAAAGAAAAAGUAAACUAUCGCAGAGACACUUCAGAUUAUGGUUCCAGCUCUAAAACUACAAUCAAAAGUAUUUCAAAAAACUGA